AUGGUCCGUGCCACAAUUUUCCUUGCUCUUCUUAUUCUUUCAAUUGUUGGACUUAUGCAUAGUCAGCCGAUUGGACAAGACGGCAACAUGUAUGGAUACAACGAGCUAGAACAAGCUGACGCUCCAUACUUGAUGAAUCUUCUGAAGCGAACGGCUGUGUUCUUCCCAAGCGGAAACCAUGACAAGAUGAUCAAAGCGAUUCUCAAAUCGAGGAGAUAUUAG